AACACCAGAACUUUCAAACUCGAACUCAAUGAACGGUGAGACAGUGAUGGCAUCAACGAAGAGGAAUUCGGACUCGUCGUCGUGCGACUGUGACGAGAGGCUCCAGGCGACUGUGACGAGGGAUUCCUUGCCAUCCCGCGACUAUGGCGAGAGGGGACCUAAAUCUAGGUCCUUGGUCGAACUCGCACAAUGGCAAAGGGACCCAGAUCUGGGUCCUUGCUCGAGCUCGCGCGAUGGCAAAGGGACCCAAAUUUGGGUCCUUGCUUGCACAUUGGUGAGUAACCCUGAUCUAUGGGUCCUGUCGUUGAGGGAAUGAAGGAGAGAGAGAAGGGAAAGGAGAAAAAGGAGAAGGAAAAGAAUGGGUAGCCGGAGAAGAGGAAGAAGGAUGAGAGUCUGAUAAGUGGGGUGCUUUAUUGAAGCUAGGGUUUGAAUUGGAUGGGGGAGAUUAUGUCUUUUGAUGCGAAUUAGAUACUUGAUUAAUUUGUACCGAUAGGAAAUUUUCUAU